UUACUAAUUACGUCAUAGGGCGAAGUGACAUCUAUAUAUUUGAGGGAGGAACACAGUACUCGAUAGUUCGUGUUUUUAGUCAGUGGAUUAUCGAGCGAAGGAAGUCUUAUAAUACAGUAAAAAUGGGUUUGCAAUUUGGAAAUCUUGCCAAAAUUAGUCGUAUUACAUUUUUCCGCCUCAGUCCAUACGAGCAGAACCCUUUUGCAGGAAUGAUCUCUGAUGGUUUACCUAAUUUCGUACGUCGUGCGCAAGAAAUUUUAUUGAAAGCCGGACCUAUGUUUUUGGGAUCUUACAUGUUGAUGGAAUGGGCAGAUGCAGAAAACCAUAAAAUGCACCGUAAGGAGCAUUAAAUAAAUAUUUAGCUCUUACUAUAAUAUUUAUAAUUAAAGUAACAUGAACUGUGUUAAUAGAAUUAAAAUAGAAUCCUAAAUUAUA